AUGCCUUUGUUUUUCAGUACAAGAAUUCACGACCACUGUCUCCCCAUCCACAAUAACCACCUCUACUAUCCAACAGCAUCCCCAACAGCUGCUUCUACAGCAUCCCCAACAGCAUCCCCAACAGCAUCCCCAACAGCUGCUCCUACAGCAUCUCCAACAGCAACUCCAACAGCAGCUCCAACAGCUGCUCCAACAGCCACUCCAACAGCAGCCCCAACUGCACCUCCGACAACUGCUUCAACCAACCCACCAUCGUCAAGUGAGGGCAGUCUGGGUCUAACAUUCAGUCUGAACCAGAAUUUCAAUGCAGAUCUGUCUAAUUCAUCAUCUGCAGCAUUCCAGAAACUUGCUACCACUGUGAUAACUGAGAUAAACAACAUUUACAAGAAGAAAUUUGCAAGGUUUCUCCGUGCCAUCAUCAACAGAUUCAGGAGUGGAUCCGUUGUUGUUGAUAUGACACUCGUGUUCCAGAAUGAGUUGUCAGUUCCCUCUGCAAAUGAAGCAGAAUCAACUCUGAAUACAGCUCUCACCGCUAACUCCACUUCCCUAAACAUUAUUCCAGACAGUGUCAGUGCUCGAGGCACAACUACAACAGCAGCUCCAACCGCAGCC